AUGCCUUCCGAAAAGACUCCUUUCUAUGAUCCUAUACCGCCCACUUACGAUCAGGCCGUGGCUAGCGGUAGUUAUUACGAUCCAGAUGACUGGGCUCCUGCUCCGAGGUCUCCAACAAACGAACGUAAUGCAACAGAGGCGGAAUCACAGGGCCUCCUACAACAUUCGAGUGGCGCCAGCUCCUCCCGCAGGCCCGACGGUUAUCGACCACCAACAGUAGAGACGGACGAUGAAGACAGUUUAUGGGCCAGCGAUAGCGAGAGUGACGAUGAAGCCGCGCAGGUUCGACGUGAGAUGCAGGAGAUGGAGAUCGAGGAGCCCGACCGAUCCCGGGGCUCUCAGUGGGGGAAGCGAAUAGGGUCAUAUCUAACUCUACCACGGUGGAAAUGGUCCUGGAGGCCGAGAUUACCACGAUUACGCAUACAAUUACCUCAACGAGCUGAUGCGCCAGCUGCCGACAAUGCCGAGAAUGCCACGGGUGAGAAUGAGGAGACGCCAAGCCAGACAACGAGGAGGUGGAAUAUACCGAAGGUGGACAAAACAACCGUCAUCUUAUUUUGUGUACGCAUUUUGGCCCUCACAAUUAUCCUGGGAUUUUUCUAUCUGCUCUUCGCCAGCGAUAUGUUUGGUGGUUUGUCAGAUAGAUUAGGAGGUGGUUUCCGUUUCAAUCCUGAGGACCUUAGAGCCCAUCUGCUGCGUACCGUCGAUCCCAUGAGAAUGCGCGCAUCAGUACAGCACUUUUCGAACUACGCCCAUAUUGCUGGCACUGAGGGUGAUUAUGCGACCGCGUUGGAUGUUCAGGCCAUGUUCAGCAGGGCACUACUGGAUGAGGUUAUGAUGGAUGAGUAUCAGGUUUAUCUCAACUAUCCCCGCAAGGAUGGUCGUGUGGUGCAGAUCAUGGACGAGAAGGAUCUCAAGAAGGCCAAAUGGACGGCUAAGCUAGAAGAAGAGGAGGUCGGAGGCGAAACUGCAGGUCGGCAAACGUACGCCUUCCACGGGUACUCAAAGUCGGGUGAUGUCAAGGGACCCCUAAUUUACGCCAACUAUGGUACAAGAGACGAUUUCAAGCAUCUUGCAAGCAAAGGUUUUAAUGCCACGGGAGCUAUUGCGUUGGUGAAAAACGGUGGUCCUCUGGAGAAUCAGGCUCUCAAAGUCAAGGCAGCCGAGCUGGCAGGCUUUGCUGGCUGUCUUAUCUACUCCGACCCUGCGGACGACGGUUUCAAGAAGGGUGUUGUAGCUCCUGAAGGACUGUAUAUGCCCUCAGAUGGUGUUCAAAGAGGCUCCGUAGGUCUCACUAACUGGGGAAUUGGUGACCCCUUGUCGCCCGGUUAUGGUAGCAAGGGUGAUCAGCGAAUCACACUCGACAAGGCCAAUGGACUUGUCGGUAUCCCCAGUCUCCCUCUCGCUUGGAGAGAUGCCAAGGUUCUACUACAGCAUCUCAAGGGUUAUGGCGAAAAGGUGCCCAACAAGUGGGAGGGCGGCGUCCCAGAUGUCGAGUGGUGGACCGGCAGUGAGAAAUCCCCAAUUGUGCGCUUGAAGAACGAGCAAGAUGAGGAUUCAUUACACACUAUCUGGAAUGUUUAUGGUCGAAUUAAUGGUAUGGAGCAGACGUCCAAGUCUAUCAUCAUCGGCAACCAGCGAGAUUCUUGGGCUUUCGGUGCAACGGACCCCCACUCAGGCACAGCUGUCAUGAUCGAGAUGGCUCGAAUCUUUGGAGAUCUUGUACAGCGAGGCUGGAGGCCACUGAGGACCAUCGAAUUUAUGUCUUGGGAUGCCUCUGCGUACAACCUGAUUGGCUCAACUGAAUAUGUCGAGCACAACUCAGAGGCUUUGCGUGACAAUGCCUUUGCUUACCUCAACCUCGGGGCGGCUGUCGUCGGAAAAGACCUGCAUGCUUCAGGAUCGCCGGUGUUCCGAAAGUCUCUCCUUCAUGCCCUGGGCCGAGUUAUCGAUCCCUCUACUAAUAGUACAUUGAAGGACCUUUGGGAACAGAGCCAUGCCGAGCUGAAGCAGCCAGAGGGACGUGGCGACCACAUUCCAUUCCAGGAUAUCGCAGGAACAAGUGCACUCGAUCUGGCCUUCAGGGGGGCCCAGGUCCCUCACCACUCAAGUUACGACAAGGUUGGAUUGGUGGACAACUUCAUCGAUCCCGACUUCGAGUACCACGGUGCAAUGGGACAAGUGAUAGCUCUGCUCAUUCUCGACAUGGCCGAUCGGCCCAUCAUGCCGUUCGAUAUGGGCUGGUAUGCACAGAGACUGGGCCAAUGGGUCAAAGAACUCGAGAAGUGGGCACUUAAGCAAAUGGACGGCCAGCCCAAGGGCGAGAAAGACGCAUUCAAGGAGCUCAAGGACGCCGCAACACUUGUCCAACACAACGUCGCCACGUUCGAGAAGUGGGAAAUGGAAUGGGACCGCGAGGUCUUGGGCAACGGAGGCUGGGAAGCCAACGAUAUUGGUGCCUCUCGACUUGCAUACAACAACAAGAUGGCAUACUUUGAGACAGCGUUACUGGACCUUGAAAUCGGUGGUGGUAUUCCCAACCGAACACAGUUCAAGAGCGUCGUCUUCGGACCAGAGGCUUGGUCCAACGACGGAGCCAUCUUCCCUGCUAUUCGCGACUACAUCGAAGAGGGAAACUGGAAAGCCGCCAAACCGAUAGUUGCCAAGACGGCAGCGCUUCUUCGCAAAGCAGCAACAAUCUUAGAGAUGCAAUAA